ACCAUCUUGUCCGUAACCUUCACGCCGGAAGUACAAUCUGAGGAGGACGCUGCAAGGGCCCGGAAAGCUGCGGAGGCGUAAAAGCGUACAAGGGCGAACGCAUGCGCCGUCGGCGGCGAACAGAAGUAGGACUGCGCCCUCCGGUGGACGGAGGGUGGCCCUGGGCCUAUCCUUGUAGGGAGCAGCAGCCGGAGUCCGAGCUGUCCUGGGGGACUGAGUAGGAGCUUAAGACGGGUGACCUGGGCAAGGAGGGCACAGACCAUCGCAUCAAGCAGACCCACGCAUGGCCAGCAGGAAGACUAAGAAGAAGGAAGGGGGUGGCCUACGGGCCCAGAGGGCAUCAUCCAACGUCUUCUCCAACUUUGAGCAGACCCAGAUCCAGGAGUUCAAGGAGGCAUUCACACUAAUGGAUCAGAACCGAGAUGGCUUCAUCGACAAGGAGGACCUGAAGGACACCUACGCCUCUCUGGGCAAAACCAACAUCAAGGAUGAUGAGCUGGACGCCAUGCUCAAGGAGGCCUCAGGGCCCAUCAACUUCACCAUGUUCCUGAACAUGUUUGGGGCGAAGCUGACGGGUACGGAUGCCGAGGAGACCAUCCUAAAUGCCUUCAAGAUGCUGGAUCCCGAUGGCAAAGGCAGCAUCAACAAGGACUACAUCAAGCGGCUGUUGAUGUCCCAGGCAGACAAGAUGACCGCUGAAGAGGUUGACCAGAUGUUCCAGUUUGCCACCAUCGAUGCUGCAGGCAACCUGGACUAUAAGGCACUGAGCUAUGUGCUCACCCACGGGGAGGAGAAGGAGGAAUGA